GUAAUUUUAAUCUUUUUACAAUCUUAAUACAACUGGAUUUAAUGUGAUUGUUAUUUUCUAUAAAAUAAAUAUAACUUUGGAUUCUUGCAUUUCUUAUUAGAAUGCAUACACAUACUUCUUCUGACUGACCUUGUCAUGGCGGAUAAAAGCUGCCGGGAUAACCUGUAUCACUUGUCGUUGACAAAACACAGAGUAGUUAUGAAAGAAACUGAUAUUCAAAAUACGAAUUAAAAUAAACAGAAACAUGGACGCCUUAAGUGUAUUAAUAGUGAUAAUUGUGAUACAUUGUUCAUUAUUCUUCUUUGAUACAUUUUUUAAGUCCUGUUCACAUUUUCCAUAUCUUUAUUUUUUGGAGAAUACUGGUCUGGAAAUUCAAUUAUUUAGAAUAAAGUGGUUUACAACUGCUUUCAAUCGCAAAAUAAUAAAAUGGGGAACAGACUGUUCUAGAUUUUGGUCUGCUUGGUUCAAUGGCGGUGUCAUUAUAAGCAUUGUGCUUUUACCUGUAGCUAUUAUUAUUAUUUUAAAGAUGACACUCAAUAUAUGGCUAUCUGGAUCCUCAAGUGAUGUCAAUUCAGGAGUUAUAUUGGAACCUAUGGUACCAGGUGUGAAUAUUCCAUUCAGCGAAAUUGGUUAUUAUGCAACAACACUAGCAAUAUGCAGUAUAGUUCAUGAAACAGGGCAUGCACUUGCUGCAGCGAGAGAAGAUGUUCAGCUGUUUGGUUUAGGAAUCUUGAUAGUUUUCACAAUUCCAAUGGCUUAUGUACAUAUAAGCAAUGAACAACUAGUUGCAUUGCCAUUAAGAAAUCAGUUGCGCAUCACAUGCGCAGGAAUUUGGCAUAACAUUAUUCUUGCAACAGUUGCUGCAGCAAUUCUUGUAUUUUCUACGUGGCUAUGGGCGCCAUUUUAUAAUAUUGGCUCUGGAAUUUAUGUGAAAACUAUUCUACCAAAUUCACCUGGAUUAGGACCAACUGGUCUUUCGGAAGGUGACAUAAUAUACAAAUUGAACAAUUGUCCUAUACGGCACAGUGAUGAUUGGUAUGAUUGUAUGCUACAAGCAGUGCAACAUUCAACACCUGGUUAUUGUGUUAAACAGUCAUUUAUCCAGGACUAUGACGAGUCAGUACCAGCUAAGCAAACAGCAAAUGGAAUUGUAAAUUGUUGUACAAGUGAUAGUGAAAUGAGUGGCAGCCUAUGUUUCGAAUAUAUUGAAGGUCCGCAAGCUGCUCCUCUUCACUUACCACCACAUUCUUGUCUUCCAGUAAGAACAAUGAUUAAUCAGUCACAGAAUUUCUGUCAAGCUAGUCAUGAAUGUUUAUCUCAAGAUACUCAUUGUAUGAAACCUUCUUUGGAUAAUGUGACAAAGAUUGUACAAAUAAAGAGGAAAGUAGGUAAAGAUGUAUUAUUCUUUGGUCAUCCAGCAGGCAUCUAUAGGACUGUUGAUGUAUCAGAUUGGGUACCAAAAUAUUCUUUUCUGUAUCCCAAAUUGCCCGAAUCAUUGACAUUACUUUGCAAAUACAUCACGAUAUUCUCAGCAGGAUUAGCAAUCGUUAAUGUUGUACCUUGUUUCUUUUUGGAUGGUCAACAUAUUACAAAUAUAGUUGUGCUUUAUUUAUUGAAAUCCAUACCACAUAAUAAAAAUAUCAGAGAAGUCACAGUACUUACAAUAACAAGUAUAGGUACAAUUCUUCUUAUAAUAAAUUUAAUGUAUUUACUUAUCAAUAAAUUAUUGUAAGUAUUUAUUGUAACUAAUUAUACACCAUUUCAUUUUUUACUUUCAUUUGUAACUUAUAUUCUGUGUAUGAAAUUGAUACAAAAUCUUAUAAUGCCCUUUUUAGAUAGAUAAAUUUUAAAGUUACAGAAAUUUUUAAAUAAAAGUAUAAAUGAAGAGACUGGUUUGUGUAAUGCA